UUUCUCAUCUUGCGUCUAGUGCCCUUCGCCCACAGCCAACCAGAAUCUCCCUUUCACCCCGUCUUCCUUCUGCCCUGCCCAGCAACACGGCCGUUCCGCGGAUCGCAAUUGGCUCGCCGACGCAGCCAAUCAGAAGGUCCGGCGCGAACGCGGGCUCACUGGAAUGCUCAGAAUAGAACGACCGUUAACUGCUCUGCACCCUCGCGCCGGGCCCUUGGCAGCCAGCGCCAACAGCACAUGCGCACUGGAGCUCUGGGCGCGCGCGCCAUUGCCCGCCCGGCGGAGGAGCGCAUGCGCACUGCAGGCGGCGGCGCGGGGCAGGCGUCCCCUCAGACGGGAGAGGGGGUGCGUCACCCGGAGCGGCGUCAUUGAUUAUUCAUUAGGGGCGGGCUAAUGACAUGCACAAUUAUUCAGCCUAAAGACUCUUAAUGGCUGGAAGUGGGCGGGACCGCCUAGGUGUAAUUAGUAUGCAAGAAGUAAUAAUAUGCAAAUUAGUUCAUUAGUCGCUUCGGCGUGUAUGCAAAUAUGCUAAUUAGCUACUCUCCCAAGACUACUAUGGAGGCGCAUGGAAAUUAGGCAGGGGCAGGAGAGCGAGAUGGCCCUGAUCUUCCUCUUCGGCUGCUGCGUCUUCCCCCUCUUCUUCUUCGCCCUCCACUGGGCACUGCACCGCACCCGGGCCCUGGGUAUGGACCAGCUGCGUGCCAUCUACGUCGCUGCCAAGCUGGUCUCCUCCAUCCAAGCCGUCAUGGCCUCCACAGCCGGAUACAUCAUUUUCAGCUCCUGCCAGCACGUUAUCGAUGACCA